AUGUGCUGGUUUCAUUCGAUAAUGUCGGUUGGUUUCGGUUCUCUGCAAACCGUAUUUCUACGCAGGUUAUGCACACACAGAACCGUGCUCAGGUUAUCGACCACCGCUACUGCACGCUCGCACGGAUUACCGGAGAAACGUUCCGAAUCUCUUCACAUCCAAGGCCGGGAUUACGUCCCGGAUAGUUUUACGAACGUCACACCUCGUAUCUUGUCUCACCUCGAUCGUAAGCUCCACCUCGAGAAAUGUCAUCCUCUACAACUGUUGAAGCAACGGAUAGUCAAUUUCUUCUUCAAGAACUACGUGAACCGCAUCGGGAACCCGAUCUUCUCGGUCUACGACCGACUGGGCUGUGUGGUGACUUUGGAACAGAACUUCGACAGUCUCUUGGUGCCGGCGGACCAUCCUUCCAGAGGGAAGAGUGACAGUUAUUACGUGAAUUCUAAGUAUAUGUUGAGGGCACACACGUCGGCGCACCAGAGGGACCUCAUUCAGUCGGGGUUGGACAGCUUUCUGGUCGUGGGUGAUGUUUAUAGGAGGGACGAGAUCGACAGCCAGCACUACCCGGUGUUUCAUCAGGUGGAAGGUGUGAGAUUGUUGACGGAAGAGCAGCUGUUCAAUGAACAGUCGUGCAGGGAUUCCCUGCACCUGUUCGAAGACGGUGUGAGGGAAGAGGAAAAACAGGAGUGCCACACACUGGAGGCGGACAAGGUGCUCCAGCAUGGACUCAAGACCUGCCUGGAGAGCCUGGCAAGACAUCUUUUUGGACCAGAGACGGAGAUGCGCUGGUCAUCCACCUACUUCCCCUUCACGCAUCCCUCCUGGGAACUGGAAGUCAAGUUUCAAGGGGACUGGCUGGAGCUCCUGGGGUGUGGGAUCGUCGAGCAACAGAUCUUGUAUAACGCCGGAGUGGAACGCAAGGUUGGAUGGGCAUUCGGACUGGGCUUGGAGAGGAUCGCCAUGAAGCUGUACAACAUCUCGGACAUCAGGGUGUUCUGGAGCAAGGACCCCGGAUUCUUUGCACAAUUUCAACACAAUGACCCCUAUAUGCCCGUUAGCUUCAAGCCCCUGAGCAGCCACCCUCCCUGCUUAGCGGACAUGUCCUUCUGGGUCCCCGAGGGAUUCCAGGAGAUGGACUUCUUCGACCUGGUCCGUAGCGUUGGAGGCGACUUCGUGGAGAGGGUGCAGAAGGUGGACGUGUUCACGCAUCCCAAGACGAAGAGGACCAGUUACUGUUUCCGUAUUGUGUACAGAAACAUGGAGAGGGUGAUGUUGCAGGAGGAAGCCAACGCCAUCCACAUGGACAUUGGACACCAUGCACAGCAGAGCUUAGGUGUCGAGCUGAGAAUAAAGUAGAGGAUAGGA